AUGACCGCCAUCACCGUGCGAACUCGAAAGUUCAUGACCAACCGCCUUCUUAGCCGAAAGCAGAUGGUCGUUGACAUCCUUCACCCGGAUACUCCCACUCCCAAGAAGUCCGAGGUCCGAGAGGCUCUUGCCAAGCAGUACAAGACUGCUGCCGACCACAUCAUUGUCUUCGGCUUCAAGACCCAGUUCGGUGGUGGAAAGACCUCUGGUUUCGCCCUCAUGUACGACUCUGUUGCGGAUGCCAAACGAAUUGAACCCCGAUUCAGGGCCGUGGGAAAUUUUUUGAAACCACUCGUCCGACACGGUCUCGCUGAGAAGAUCGAGAAGAAAUCCCGAAAGCAGCGAAAGGAACUCCGAAACCGAAAGAAGAAGGUCAAGGGUACCAAGAAGGCCGCUGUUGGUGCUGGCAAGAAGAAGUAA